AUGGACCUGAAAGACAGGCGGCACCGCUCCCUGACCCGCGGCCGCUGCGGGAAGGAGCUGCGCUACACCUCGUCGUCGCUGGACAGCGAGGACUGCCGCGUGCCCACCCAGAAGUCCUACAGCUCCAGCGAGACGCUCAAGGCCUACGACCACGACUCCCGCCUCCACUACGGGGGCUGCGUGGCCGACCUGGUGCACCACGAGGCGGACGAGUACUCCCGACAAGGGAACUUCACUCUGGCAGAGCUGGGCAUCUGCGAGCCGGCGCCGCACCAGAGCGCGUACUGCUCGGACCUGGGCCUGCUGCACCGCGGCUACUCGCUGAGCGCCGGCUCCGACGCCGACUCCGACCCAGAGGGGGCGCUCUCCCCGGAGCGCGCCGUCCAGCUCUGGGGCAGCCACGGCAUCAAGUCGCGCCGCAGCUCCGGCCUGUCCAGCAGGGAGAACUCCGCCCUCACUCUCACAGACUCCGACAACGACAACAAGUCCGAUGACGAGUCAGGUCGCCCCCUCCCUCCCACGCCUGCCUCCAGCCUGCUCCCCCCCGCCCCUCCUCCUCCCUCUGGCCCCCUCCACCCCGGCUCCCCGGCCGUCAGGGAGUGCCAGGUGCCCCUGCUCGACAGCAGCUCCUCCCACACCGUCCUGGAGCCCCACCCCGAUGACGAGUUCUCCCCGAACUCGUACCUGCUGCGGGCCUGCGCCCCUCCGGCCCAGCCCCCUGCUGCGGGUCCUCCCAACCACCACAGCCAGUCCACCCUGCGGCCGCCGCUGCCCCCGCCCCACAACCAGACCCUGUCGCACCACCACUCCUCCGCCAACUCCCUCAACCGCAACACCCUCACCAGCCGCCGGAACCCCGUGCACGCCCCCGCCGCCGCCCCGGGCGACGGCCCCACCACACCCGAGUCCGUGCAGCUCCAGGACAGCUGGGUUCUGAACAGCAACGUCCCCCUGGAGACCAGGCAUUUCCUGUUCAAGACGUCGUCAGGAACCACGCCCCUGUUCAGCAGCUCGUCGCCGGGGUACCCCCUGACGUCUGGGACGGUGUACUCGCCCCCGCCGCGGCUGUUGCCCCGGAACACCUUCUCGCGGAGCGCCUUCAAGCUGAAGAAGCCCUCCAAGUACUGCAGCUGGAAAUGCGCCGCCGUCUCCGCCAUCGCCGCCGCCGCCCUGCUGGCCAUCCUGCUGUCCUACUUCAUCGCCAUGAACCUGCUUGGACUCAACUGGCAACUGCAGCCAGCAGAUGGUCACAUGAUUAACAACGGUCUUAGCACAGGAUUACCCGGCAACAGCGAUGUGGCAACAGUGCCCUCUGGAGGCAGAGGGCCGUGGACGUUCCGGAACAGCAGCAUCGACACAGGAGACCUGGAGGUGGGGCGACGGGUGACCCAGGAGGUCCCGCCGGGCGUCUUCUGGAGGUCCCUCCUGCACCUCAGCCAGCCACAGUUCCUGAAGUUCAACAUCUCGUUGGGCAAGGACGCGCUCUUCGGGGUGUACAUCCGCAAAGGCCUGCCCCCCUCCCACGCACAGUAUGACUACAUGGAGCGCCUGGACGGGAAGGAGAAGUGGAGUGUGGUGGAGUCACCACGGGAGCGACGCAGCAUCCAAACAGUGGUCCUGAAUGAAGCCGUCUUUGUGCAGUACCUGGACCCGGGUACCUGGCACCUGGCCUUCUACAACGACGGGAAGGAGAAAGAGGCUGUUUCCUUCAGCACAGCUGUGUUGGAUUCCGUGCAAGAGUGCCCCCGCAAUUGUCAUGGCAACGGAGAGUGCGUGUCUGGAGUGUGUCACUGCUUCCCAGGGUUCCAUGGCAUGGAUUGUUCAAAAGUGGCCUGCCCGGUACUCUGCAGUGGGAACGGACAGUACGAUAAGGGGGCCUGUAUCUGCUACAGCGGGUGGAAGGGUCCGGAGUGUGACGUUCCCAUCAGCCAGUGCAUCGACCCCCUGUGUAGCGGACACGGCACCUGCACGGAGGGCACCUGCGUCUGCUCGGUGGGCUACAAGGGCGAGAACUGCGCAGAAGUGGACUGCCUGGACCCCACCUGCUCCAACAACGGCAUCUGCGUGAACGGGGAGUGCCACUGCAAGGCGGGCUGGGGCGGGCCGCACUGCGAGCUCCCGCGGGCCCAGUGCCCGGACCAGUGCCACGGGCACGGCGCCUUCAUCCCCGACACGGGCGUGUGCAGCUGCGACCCCAACUGGAUGGGCCCCGACUGCUCAGUGGAGGUGUGCUCGGUGGACUGCGGCACCCACGGCGUGUGCAUGGGCGGGGCCUGCCGCUGCGAGGAGGGCUGGACGGGCGCGGCGUGUGACCAGCGCGUCUGCAACCCGCUCUGCGUGAAGCACGGCACCUGUAAGGACGGCAAGUGCGAGUGCCAGCAGGGCUGGAACGGGGAGCACUGCACCAUCGACGGAUGUCCUAACCUGUGCAACGGGAACGGCCAGUGCACUCUGGGUCAGAACAGCUGGCACUGUGAGUGCCAGACAGGCUGGAGGGGUCCGGGCUGCAGCGUCGCCAUGGAGACCUCCUGCGCAGACAACAAGGACAACGAGGGAGACGGACUGACGGACUGCAUGGACCCGGACUGCUGCAUCCAGAGCCCCUGCCAGAACAAUCCGCUGUGCCGCGGGUCACGUGACCCGCUGCAGAUCAUCCAGCAGAGCCAAUCGCCCGCCCAGAAAGUGAGGUCCUUCUACGAGAGGGUGAAGAUGCUGGUGGGCAGGGACAGCACCCACAUCAUCCCAGCUGAGAACCCCUUUAACGCCAGCUUGGCGUCUCUGAUCCGAGGGCAGGUUCUGACAACGGACGGGACCCCUCUGGUGGGGGUUAACGUGUCUUUUGUGAAGUACCCCCACUACGGCUACACCCUAACACGGCAGGAUGGCACGUUUGACCUCAUAGCGAAUGGGGGGGCCUCCCUGACGCUGCACUUCGAGCGGGCCCCCUUCCUGAGCCAGGAGCGCACGGUGUGGCUGCCCUGGAACAGCUUCUACGCCAUGGACACGCUGGUGCUGAAGACGGAGGAGAACACCAUCCCGGGCUGCGACCUCAGCGGCUUCGUGCGGCCCGACCCCGUGGUGGUGGCCUCGCCCCUCUCCUCCUUCUUCAGCUCCCAGCCCGGGGAGAAGCCCAUCAUCCCAGAGACGCAGGUCCUCCACGAGCAGAUCGAGAUCCCGGGCACCAGCCUGAAGCUGCGCUACCUGAGCUCCCGCACGCAGGGGUACCGCGCCCUGCUGAAGAUCACCAUGACGCAGGCCGUGGUGCCCCUCAGUCUCAUCAAGGUGCACCUGAUGGUGGCCGUGGAGGGACACCUCUUCCAGAAGUGGUUCCACUCCUCUCCCAACCUGGCCUACACCUUCAUCUGGGACAAGACCGACGCCUACGGCCAGAGGGUCUACGGGCUGUCGGAGGCUGUCGUGUCCGUGGGGUACGAGUAUGAGACAUGCCCGAGUCUCAUUCUGUGGGAGAAGAGGACGGCCGUGCUGCAGGGGUACGAGCUCGACCCCGCCAACCUGGGAGGCUGGUCCCUGGACAAGCACCACAUCCUCAACAUCCGCAGCGGCAUCCUUCACAAGGGCAGCGGGGAGAACCUCUUCCUGUCCCAGCAGCCGCCCGUCAUCUCGAGCAUCAUGGGAAACGGCCGUCGCCGGAGCAUCUCCUGCCCGAGCUGCAACGGCCUGGCGGACGGGAACAAGCUGCUGGCCCCGGUGGCCCUGGCGGCCGGCAUCGACGGCAGCCUCUACGUGGGGGACCUCAACUUCGUGCGCAGGGUGUACCCCUCUCUCAACACCACCGGCAUCCUGGAGCUCAGAAACAAAGACUUUAGACACAGCAACAACCCGACGCACAAGUACUUCCUGGCGGUGGACCCGGUGUCCGGGGCGCUGUACAUCUCCGACACAAACUCCCGCCGGAUCUACCGUGUGCGCUCGCUGACCGGGGGCCGGCUGCUGGCCGACAACGCCGAGGUGGUGGCCGGGACGGGCGAGCAGUGCCUGCCCUUCGACGAGCGCUGCGGGGACGGGGGCAAAGCCGUGGAGGCCACCCUCAUGAGCCCAAAAGGGAUCGCCGUGGACAAGAACGGGCUCAUGUACUUCGUGGACGCCACCAUGAUCCGCAAGGUGGACCAGAACGGCAUCAUCUCCACCCUGCUCGGGGCCAACGACCUCACCGCUGUACGACCACUCAGCUGCGAUGCCAGCAUGGAUGUCAGCCAGGUUCGUUUGGAGUGGCCCACUGACCUGGCGGUAAACCCCAUGGACAACUCUCUGUACGUUCUGGAGAACAACGUCAUCCUUCGGAUCACGGAGAACCACCAGGUGAGCAUCAUCGCUGGGCGGCCCAUGCACUGCCAGGUGCCCGGCAUCGACUACUCCCUGAGCAAGCUGGCCAUCCACUCGGCGCUGGAGAGCGCCACGGCCAUCGCCAUCUCGCACACGGGCGUGCUGUACAUCGCCGAGACGGACGAGAAGAAGAUCAACCGCGUGCGGCAGGUGAGCACCAGCGGCGAGAUCUCCCUGCUGGCGGGCGCCGCCUCCGAGUGCGACUGCAAGAACGACGUCAACUGCAACUGCUUCGCCGGCGACGAGGGCUACGCCACCGACGCCAGCCUCAACUCGCCCAUCUCGCUGGCCGUCUCGCCCGACGGCACGCUCUUCAUCGCCGACCUCAACAACAUCCGCAUCCGGGCGGUGCGCGGCAACCGGCCGGGCCCCUCGGCGACGGGCCAGUUCGAGGUGGCCUCGCCCCAGGAGCAGGAGCUGUACGUGUUCAGCGGGGAGGGCCGGCACGUGCAGACCGUCAGCCUGGUGACGGGCGAGCCCCUCUACAACUUCUCCUACGGCGCCGACGGCGAGCUGGCCGCCGUCACCGACAACUGCAACAACACCCUGCGCGUGCGGCGGGAGGGGGCGGGGCCGGGCGGGGCGGGGCUGCUGCGCCUCGUCCUGCUGCCCGACAACCAGGUGGUGACGCUGGGGCUGGACGCGGCGGGCAGCCUGCGCUCAGUCUCCGCGCUCAACCAGGAGGUGGCGCUCAUGGGCUACAACGGCAACACGGGCCUGCUGGCCACCAAGGCCGACGAGACCGGCUGGACCACCUUCUACGAGUACGACAGCGAAGGCCGGCUGACCAACGUCACCUACCCGACGGGCACGGUCACCAGCCUGCACCGGGAGAUCGAGCGCUCCAUCAACAUCGACAUCGAGAGCUCCAACAGGGACGACGACGUCACCGUUAUCACCAACCUGUCGUCCGUGGAGGCGUCCUACACCGUGGUACAAGACCAGGUGCGGAACAGCUACCAGCUGUGCAACAACGGCACGUUGCGGGUGCUGUACGCCAACGGCAUGGGCAUCAGCUUCCACACCGAGCCGCACAUCCUGGCGGGGUCCGUCAGCCCCACCAUCGGCCGCCGAAACAUCACGCUGCCCACCGACAACGGCCUCAACUCCAUCGAGUGGAGGCUGCGCAAGGAGCAGACCAAGGGCAAGGUCACCGUCUUCGGCAGGAAGCUCCGGGCCCACGGCAGGAACCUCCUGUCCAUCGACUUCGACCGGAACACUCGCACGGAGAAGAUCUACGACGACCACCGCAAGUUCACACUGCGCAUCAUGUACGACGCGCAGGGCCGGCCCGCCAUGUGGCUGCCCAGCAGCAGCCUGGCCGUGGUCAACGUGUCGUACUCGCCCUCGGGCCAGCUGCUCGGCCUGCAGAGGGGCAGCAUGAGUGAGCGCGCCGAGCUCGACUCCCUCGGCCGCGUCCUCUCUCGCUCCUUCGUGGACGGCAAGGUGUGGAGCUACAGCUACCUAGACAAGUCCAUGGUGUUGCUCCUGCAGAGCCAGAGGCAAUACAUCUUUGAGUUCGACGCCUCGGGGCGCAUCACCGCCGUCACCAUGCCCAGCGUGGCCCGCCACACCAUGUCUACCCACGUCUCCGUCGGCUACAUCCGCAACAUCUACAACCCUCCGGAGAGCAACGCCUCGGUCAUCCACGACUUCAGCGAGGACGGCCGGCCGCAGGCCACCUUCUACCUAGGCACAGGCCGCCGCGUCCUCUACAAGUACGGCAAGCUGGCCAAGCUGUCCGAGGUGCUGUACGACAGCACGGCCGUCACCUUUGGCUACGACGAAACCUCGGGCGUGCUCAAGAUGGUCAACCUGCAGAGCGGCGGCUUCUCCUGCACCAUCCGCUACCGCAAGAUGGGCCCACUGGUCGACAAGCAGAUCUACCGCUUCUCCGAGGAGGGCAUGGUCAACGCCCGCUUCGACUACACCUACCACGACAACAGCUUCCGCAUCGCCAGCAUGAAGCCUGUCAUCAGCGAGACGCCGCUGCCCGUCGACCUCUACCGCUACGACGAGAUCUCGGGCAAGGUGGAGCACUUCGGCAAGUUCGGCGUCAUCUACUACGACAUCAACCAGAUCAUCACCACCGCCGUCAUGACGCUCAGCAAGCACUUCGACACGCACGGGCGCAUCAAGGAGGUGCAGUACGAGAUCUUCCGCUCGCUCAUGUACUGGAUGACGGUGCAGUACGACAGCAUGGGCCGCGUGGUGAAGCGCGAGCUGAAGAUCGGCCCCUACGCCAACACCACGCAGUACCGCUACGAGUACGACGGCGACGGCCAGCUCACCGGCGUCAAGGUCAACGACUGGUCCACCUGGCGCUACAACUACGACCUGAACGGCAACCUGCAUCUGCUGAACCCGGGCAACAGUGCCCGCUUGCUGCCGCUCCGCUACGACCUGCGCGACCGCAUCACCCGCCUGGGGGACGUGCAGUACCGGCUGGACGAGGACGGCUUCCUGUCCCAGCGAGGCUCCGACGUCUUCGACUACAACUCCAAGGGGCUGCUGGUGCGGGCCUACAGCCGGACGCCGGGCGGCUGGAGCGUGCAGUACCGCUACGACGGGCUUGGCCGCCGUGUCUCCAGCCGCACCAGCCUGGGCCAGCACCUGCAGUUCUUCUACGCCGACCUGAACAACCCGGCCCGCGUCACGCACGUCUUCAACCACUCCAGCUCCGACAUCACCUCGCUCUACUACGACCUGCAGGGCCACCUGUUCGCCAUGGAGGUGAGCAGCGGCGAGGAGUACUACGUGGCCUCCGACAACACGGGCACGCCGCUGGCCGUCUUCAGCAGCAACGGCCAGAUGAUCAAGCAGCUGCAGUACACGGCCUACGGCGAGGUCUACCACGACUCCAACCCCGAGUUCCAGCUGGUGGUGGGCUUCCACGGCGGCCUGUACGACCCGCUCACCAAGCUGGUGCACUUCACGCAGCGCGACUACGACGUGCUGGCGGGCCGCUGGACCUCGCCCGACCACGGCCUCUGGCGCAAGAUCGGCAAGGACCCGGCGCCCUUCAACCUCUACAUGUUCAAGAACAACAACCCGCUCAGCGACAUGCUGGACAUCAAGAACUACGUCACAGAUGUCAAGAGUUGGCUGGUGAUGUUUGGCUUCCAGCUUAGCAACAUAAUACCCGGCUUCCCCAAACACACUGUAUACUUUGUGGACCCGCCCUACGAGCUGCUGGCCAGCCAGGACUGUGAGAACGGACAGUUGAUCACCGGAGUGCAGCAGGCGGCGGAGCGGCACAACCAGGCCUUCAUGGCGCUGGAGGGGCGGCUGCUGAACAAGGAGAGGCGGGCCAAGCGGGACAAGCCGGGCCACUGGUUCGGCACCAGCGCCCCCAUCAUCGGCCGCGGCGUGAUGCUGGCACUGAAGGAGGGCCGCGUGGUGACGGCCGUGUCCGGCAUGGCGAGCGAGGACAGCCGGCGGGUGGCGCUGGUCCUCAACAACGCCCUCUACCUGGAGGGCGCGCACUACACGCAGGACGGCCGCGACUGCCAUUUCUUCGUCAAGGUGGGCCCGGCCGACGGCGACCUGAUGGCGCUGGGCCUGACCAACGGGCGCAAGGCGCUGGAGGGCGGCAUCAACGUGACGGUGAGCGGGCGCUCGCGGCGCGGCGCCACCGUGGAGCUCCGCGCCGCCGCGCUCUCCCUCAGCGUGCGCUACGGCCUGGGCGCCGACGUGCUGGACGAGGAGCGCACCCGCCUGCUGGAGCUCGCCCGCCAGAGGGCGCUGUCGGGCGCCUGGGUGCGGGAGCAGCGGCGCGCCCGGGACGGCAAGGAGGGCAGCCGCCUGUGGACGGACGGCGAGCGGCAGCAGCUGCUCUCCGCCGGCCGCGUGCAGGGCUACGACGGCUACUACGUGCUGCCCGUGGAGCAGUACCCCGAACUGGCCGACAGCAGCACCAACAUCCAGUUCCUGAGACAGAACGAGAUGGGCAAGAGGUAACAGACCACAGAGCCCCCCGCGGACUGUCCUACCGACUGCUCUCCCCUCCCCUCUCCCCCCCUCCCCUCUCCCCCCUCUCUCUGCUCCACUCCUCUCCUUAGGAGAACAAAAGAACACAUGGGGUGACAUGCUGAACACUGCAGGGACUUUUGAACUGAAAAAAAAGAUGUUAAAAUAAAAUCAUUACUGCCACAGGCAUAAAAUGAAAGUGGGAAAACGUAACUUUCUCUUUGACCACAGACUUGCAAAAAGCACCGACGAACGUUGGAAACAAACAAAAAAAAAAAACACGAGAACUUCUGAUGGUUUAAAACAAAAAAAAAGAAGGAGAAUCCCCUUUUUAAAAAAGAAUAAAUAUUUUCGCCCAUAUUUUUUGGGCGUGUGUGGUAAGAUGAUGUCAGCAGGAGGUGGAGGGACAGGCUGGCGCCGUCGUCGCGGAGACGCCUCCACCGUGUCGGAGUCGCUCCGAAGGAGCGGCGAAUAAAAGGAUCGCACCGUCUCAGGCCUCCCGUCCAAACACAACACAACCGCCAGCCGCUGGCACAGCAAACUCCGCAAAAACUGCAAACUGCUUUCAGUUCCUUUAAAAAGGGUCGGACAAAGACAAACGUUUUUAAAUAAAAGGCUACAGAAAAACGUACCGAUGGCUACACUUGCGGUAAAUAAUGUCAUACAUUGUUUUAUUUAAAAAUGGGGGGAAAAAAACGACAUCGUAUCAAGACGACACUGAAGUUCAGGGUGUAUUUUAGAUUCUGUAGUUUUGUACGUUCCAGUCGCAGUAGAAUUGUGAGACUCUCACCAGGGCACUGUACAGGAUGGUAAAAACACUCUCACACCGAGUCAAAAAGACAACUAGUAUCAAAAGCUAUUUAUUUUUUAUGUUUGUUGUUAAGUUAUUUAUUGUUCUUUUUUUUCUCUUAGUACUCUAUGACAAUCAUGAAGGAGUCACUAUUUGUUUUUAAGAGGACGAGCAUCGGUGGAUGAAUUUAUUUUCCUUUUGUAAAAUAUGUAAGAA